GCAGAGAAAUUAGAGAGAGAGAAGACAGACACCACCGGCUGUGGUAAUCAGGCAGGCACGCUCAAUCAGUGGGAAUAAGUUGAUGAUCUGUCGUCUCUAAGCCGCCACGACGCGCCAUCCUCCCAUCAUGGUCUUCCUCCCCCCUCCCUCUUAAAAGCCCCCGCUUCCUUGCUUCCUGCUUCUUCAGCUUCAAUUCCCCGCCCGCUCCGUCCACCACCACCACCGCCCAAGAGAGAGAGGCAUCCAGUCCCUGCCGUGCCAACUCGCAGCCGCAUCGCCAUCCAGAUUCUAGACCCGCAGCAAGCGUCGGAUCAAACCUCCCUCUAGUAUUUCAAGAGGGCUCUCCUCGCCGGCGGCGCAGUUCAAAGACAGAGACAGAGAGAGUGAGAGAGAGAGAGAGAGAGCCGCCAGAUAGACAGAUAGAUGUUGGGCGGCGGCAAGAUGAAGGGGGACGCGGUUAGCGGCGGCAGCAGCAGCAUUAGCCCCAUGGUGUCCUUCGUGCUGGGCGCCGCCGCGGCCACCGUCUGCGUCCUCUUCUUCAUGUCCGCCAGCCCCGGCCGCAGCCUCGUCGACAUCGCCGCAUGGAGCCACAACAACGGCACCGCCACCCAGCACCACCACCUGCGCUCCGUCGCCGACGCUGCCGACGCCGCCCACAACGCCACCGCCAUCGCCGUUGCCGCUCCAGCACCCGCCCCCGUCCAGCAGGCGUCGCCGUACGGGGACCUGGAGGAGGUGCUGGCGCGGGCGGCGACGGCGGACCGGACGGUGAUCAUGACGCAGAUCAACGCGGCGUGGACCAAGCCGGGGUCGCUGCUGGACCUCUUCUUCGAGAGCUUCCGGACCGGGGAGGGCGGCGUGGCGCGCCUGCUCGAGCACCUCGUCAUCGUCACCAUGGACCCGGCCGCGUACGCGGGGUGCCAGCUCGUGCACCCGCACUGCUACUUCCUGCGCACCACCGGCGUCGACUACCGCGGCGAGAAGUUCUUCAUGAGCAAGGACUACCUCGAGAUGAUGUGGGGCCGCAACAAGUUCCAGCAGACCAUCCUCCAGCUCGGAUACAACUUCCUCUUCACGGACGUGGACGUGAUGUGGUUCCGUGACCCGUUCAAGCACAUCUCCAUGGGGGCGGACAUCGCCAUCUCCAGCGACGUCUUCAUGGGCGACCCCUACAGCCUCGGCAACUUCCCCAACGGCGGCUUCCUCUUCGUGCGCUCCUGCAACAAGACCAUCGAGUUCUACCGCCACUGGCAGGCCGGCCGCUACCGCUUCUUCGGCAAGCACGAGCAGGACGUGUUCAACCUCAUCAAGCACGACAUGACGGACCGCCUCGGCGUCGCCAUCCAGUUCCUCGACACCACCUACAUCAGCGGCUUCUGCCAGCUCAGCAGGGACCUCAACAAGAUCUGCACGCUGCAUGCGAAUUGCUGCGUCGGGCUCGGGGCCAAGCUCCAUGAUUUGAGGAAUGUGCUGGACGUGUGGAGGAACUACACGGCGGCGCCGGUGCCCGACAAGAGGGCCGGCAAGUUCCAGUGGAAGGUACCCGGGAUAUGCAUCCACUGAUCGGACUGAUGGAUGAAUGCGUCCUGCAAUUGCUUCCAUGCAUUUGGUUGCCCAUUCUUUCUGCUCUUCGUGCUUUGCCUUCUUCUCGUGGAAAGAGAGGGAGGGGAUUGGGAGGGGUAGCAUCGAUCGAUUGAUUCAUUUUGUGAAAUCAUUUCAGCUACUAUAUAUGUACACAAACAUAUAUACACAGAGUAGUAGUACCCCAGUAUGCGUGCAGCACAUGCAUGCAUGUAUGCUGGUCCUGGCCGACUCUCCCUGGCCUGGCCUGUAAUUAAAGAUGAAUGAGUAAAGCAGUAGCUUGUUUAUGCAGCACAA